GAGGUAAGGAGGGCAGGAGGGAGGGGCUGCCCUCGGAGGUAAGGAGGGCAGGAGGGAGGGGCUGCCCUCGGAGGUAAGGCGGGCAGGAAGGAGGGGCUGCCCUCGGAGGUAAGGAGGGCAGGAGGGAGGGGCUGCCCCCGGAGGUAAGGAGGGCAGGAGGGAGGGGCUGCCCUCGGAGGUAAGGCGGGCAGGAAGGAGGGGAUGCUCCUGCGGAGCUUUCAAACUCGGGGACCCCGGGGCUUCUUUCCCGCGCUCGGGGCGGCAGAGAUGGACACUAAAGCCAAUGGGCCGGGGCCGCCCAGAAGUUGCUGCAAUCCCCGAACUCGCGGCCAGUUUCCUGCCCCGUGACUGAGACGUGGGGGAGGGGCUUGUGUCUCCGCCCCCGCCCCGCCCCGGCCUUCUGCCCCGGCCCGCCUGCCACCUAGGAAGGCGUCCCGGCUGAGCUGGAGCCCCGGGGGAUCUGCUCUCCCUCCCUCCCCUCGGCCCUCGGACCCCGGACCUGGACAGCCACACGGUCCAGGUUUGGAAGCCUGGGGCAGAGCCCCGGCUGGGCUGUGUGGCUGCGGGCCCGGGGAGAAGGGAGGAAGGAGGGGCUCCCCCCUCCUUCAGUGCGUGCGGCAGAGGAGGGGGCCGGGGGGGGGGGCACCCUCCCUCACAUCGGGCCGCCGGGAGCCGAGGCCGGAUCUAGGGAGAGGGGCUGCCGGCCGGCCCUGGGCCCCCCUCGCCCUUGCCGCGGGCCCGAGAUGGAGGCCGACCCCACCGUGUUCAGCACCGGCUCCCUGCCCGAAGACCCGCGGCUCCUGGCCACGGUGACGAACGCGUACCUGGGCACACAAGUGUACCGCGACGUCCUGCACGUGAGCGGCGUGUAUAGCGGGGCCGGCGGGAACCCGCACCGGGCCGACCUGCCGAGCCCUCUCAACGUCCGCCUGGGGCCGCCGGCCUGCCGCGGGGCUCCCCCGCAGGAGACCUUCUCCCUGGACACUGAGACAGGCACUUUCCUCCAUAGCCUCCGAGGCCCAGACUUCUGGGCCUCCCACAGAAUCUAUGCCCACCGGGUGCUCCCCCACCUGCUGGUCUCCAGCGUGUCCGUGGGCAGAUCGGGCCCCGAGCCCGUCACCGUGACCCUCCAGGCCGAGUUCCAGCCCCAAAGCCCCGAUCUGGCCCUGCACCUGGGACCCGACUUCCGGGGCGCUCGGUACCUGUACGGCCGCAUGCUGGUCCCGGAGGAGUCGGGGGGGCCCUGGCCCGAGGUACACAUGCUCUGGAGCCCAGUGCCCCCAGCGCUGACACUGGCAGAGGGACGGGAGCGGACAUGGGACUUCCUCACAGUGGUGGGGGGCAGCCGGGAGGAGGCGGAGAGCCAGUUCCUGGAGGCCGCCUCCCUGCAGGCCGCAGGCACCCUAUACAGCAGCCACGCUGACGCCUGGCGGGCACUCUGGGCGACCUGGGCCCUGGACCUGGUGGGGCCCUUCCCCCUCCGCCAGGCUCUCCGCAGCUGCCUCUACUACACACUGAGCGCCCUCCCUCCCCCGGGGGCCCGGGAGCCCUUCCAUGGGCUCAGCCCCGGGGGGCUUUCCAACGGAAGCCGGGACGAGUGUUACUGGGGCCACGUCUUCUGGGACCAGGACCUCUGGAUGUUUCCCAGCAUCCUGCUGUUGGACCCAGAAGCUGCCAGGAGCAUCCUGGAGUAUCGAGUCCGGACGCUGGGCGGGGCCCUGCUCAACGCCCAGGAGCUGGGCUUCCAGGGUGCCAAGUUUGCCUGGGAAAGUGCCAGCUCUGGCAGGGAAGUCUGCCCCGAGGAGGUUUAUGGGGCCCAGGAGAUCCACAUCAAUGGGGCUGUGGGGCUGGCCUUUCAGCUCUACUACCAGACCACCCAGGAUCUGCAGCUCUUCCAGGAGGAGGGGGGCUGGGAGCUGGUCAGCGCCAUGGCCGAGUUCUGGUGUAGCCGGGUCACCUGGUGCUCCGAGGAGCAGAACUACCACCUUCGAGGAGUGAUGCCCCCGGACGAGUACCACUCUGGGGUCAAUAACUCUGUCUACACCAAUGUCGUGGCCCAGACCAGCCUGCACUUCGCAGCAGAUCUGGCCAGAGACCUGGGCCGGCCUGUCCCGGAGCGCUGGGCAACGAUCGCCCAGAAAAUCAAGGUGCCUUUCGAUCCCAAGAGAAAUUACCACCCUGAGUUCGACGGAUACGAGCCUGGAGAGACCGUAAAGCAGGCCGACGUGGUGCUCCUGGGCUACCCAGUGCCCUACGCGCUGAGUCCCGACGUUCGGAGGAAAAACCUGGAGAUCUACGAAGCGGCCACGUCCCCCGAGGGCCCUGCCAUGUCCUGGAGCAUGUUCGCUGUGGGAUGGCUGGAGAUGAAGGAGCCGCAGAAGGCCCAGGAGCAGCUCGGGAAGUGCUUCCACCAUAUCUCAGAGCCCUUUAAGGUGUGGACCGAGAACGCCGACGGCUCAGGUGCCGUGAACUUCCUGACAGGAAUGGGGGGCUUCCUCCAGGCAGUGCUCUUCGGGUACACCGGGUUCAGGAUCACCAGGGCUGGACUGGCCUUCGAUCCCACCUGCUCGGCAGAGGUCUCGUCCCUGCGGAUCCCUGGGAUCUCCUACCUGGGGAACAAGCUCUCCUUCUCCUUCUCAGCUGACACAGUGACAAUUGCAGUGAUGGCCACGGCGAGGGAAGGGGCCCCUCCCUUGGAGGUUGAGCUGAGACCCUCUGCAAAGCGGUUUCCUCUGCCUGUGGGACACAAGGUCUCCUUCCCCAUCUCUGCUGGGAGGAUCCAGAGACGGCCCUUGUAGGAAACCAGGAAGUAGGAUUCCUCCCACCAGGAAUCUCACGCAGAUGUUGGAGAUGCCAGCUCAACCCCACCCCCCACUGGGCCAGGGGCUGGGGGACUGUCCAUUGCUGGGGCUUGGCCCCCUUUCCACCCCAGGGCCUGCGGCCUCUGCCUCAGCGCCAUCCCCACCCUGGUAGGGAUCGGGUGCCUGCCUCCUCUAAGGGCCCGGCCUUUCCUUCCCAGAUCCAUCUGACACAGACUGCCUGAGGCAGCCUGCAGAGGCCCAACCCCCACCCCCCCCAAUUCCUGACCAUGGCAUUCAAGGCCUUGAUUCUCCUCCAGAGCGCUGGAGCCUAGGUCUCUGCUCCUGUGAGUUUCUGUGCCCUCCAUCCACGUUCCGCCUCCACCCCCCACCUUGGCAACCUGCUAGGAGGCUGUGUUCUCCAGGGCUCCCCUUCCUCCGCUCUUUCUUUCCCUCAGCCCCUGACCAGCCUCUUCUCCCCUUCUUUCAAUCCUUUUAUCAAUGACUUAUGUACUCGUGUGGCCCACACUGUCCAUCUGGUACCUGUUCACAGUAGGAGCCCAAUAAAUGCUGACAGAAUUGA